GCGCUGCAGCUCUCUCCGCUGCGCUCCUCACUUUCCUCACUUUCCUCUCAAGCGGCGCGCAGUUUGUUCCGACGGGCCGAAGUUGGAGGAGAAAAAAAAAUCAAGAGGGGACGAUCUCUGGCGCAUUCCCCGGGAUGGAGAAGGAUUCUCCAUCCAAGCCAUCCGUGGCUGAGCUGGCUGGAAGGUUGAAGGGUCAUAUUCUGCCAAUGCCCAACUCAAAUGAUGAGAACUCGGUGUCCCCCAGUCCCUUGAAACUGAAGAUGAAGAACUCAGCCAUCAUUGAGAAACUGCAGGCCAACCUUUCCCUGUCCCCCACGGCUCUGCUGCCAUCAUCACCAAAGAGCCCGGAGGUGAAGCUGCAGCCGGCACCGUUGUCUCCCACCACCCCCUGCAGCCCCUUGAGCCCCACCUUCCGGCCGUCGCGUCAGUCCAGCGAAGAGGAGGAUCCCAUCAGCUUCGAGAGUCCCCCCGAGGGCACCCCGCUGCCGAGCUUUAACAAGACUCGUGCACGAUUGUCAUUCAAGCGGCGUCCGCCCACCAGACAGCACAGGAGGUCAGCUGGAGAGGAAGUGGCAGCUGCUAGCGGCGAUCUGUCCCCCAGUGAACUAGACGUCCCAAAGGAAAAUGGGGACAAGGACCAGGUCUUCAAUAACCUAACAGAGGAAGCUGAAUGUGGGAACCUGGCCACUCUGAAAGAAGCUGAAAACACGGAUGAAGACUUUGAAAAAAUGGAGGUUGAGGAAAUGCAAAAGGAUCCAGAUGACAGGGGGGAUCUGGAUCAGGAAGCAGGAGGAGUCAAGUGUGCAGGGGAUUUGGAGGAGGACCAGCAGCCCUUAGAGAGUCCUGGGCAGACAGACGUUAAGAUUGAAAAGGGGCAGGACAAGACGCCCGUGGAGGCACACCAUGGUGAUAAAGAUGGGAUAUGAACUGUGAAUAAUUUUCAUAGAGGAAAAAAAAUAUAUAUAUAUAUUUACAUAUAAGUUAUUCAGUGCUUAAGAGAUCUCUUCUUGAGAGUUCAGGAGCUCACCAGUUUUAAAUGUCUUGGUUCCUCCUCUGUUGUUCCCUCUGUUGCUCUCUCCUGGCUGUCUGUAGAACAGGUCUAUGAGCACUGGAGAGUCAAACAAAGCAGCUGUUUUCUUCACCUGGAAAUAAGUACGGGAUUUUAUGGUGUAACCAUGAUCACAAGAAGAUUUUUUUUCUUCACAUUGAACCAAUUGUGCAAGCCUUUUUUUUCUAAAUGUUGAAACAAGUCAAAGACUUGUUGAGUGCACUUCCAUAUCAGGAAACAUGUUUGAAAAUGUUAAAUAUUCACUGAGAGGCUGGCGAGAGGCAAAUGCUAUUUUUAGAUUUACUAUAUGUUUGCAAAUAUAUAAAUGUGUGUCUUCAUAAUUAAUCUUUGAGAAUAUAUGCUUUGCUUAGUUUUCAUUUCAUGUACAUUGGUUCAUGCCUCAGCUUGUUUUGUAUGCAACAAAGUGUGUAUAUAUAUAUAUGUAUUAAAGAACAAGCGGUGAUACUGUGCAUAUGUACACGUGUUAAAUGUCCAUGUAGUUGAUGUUCAUUGUUGCAGAAAAUAUAUUCUUGUCAAGGGUUUUAAUAGCAGCGUGUGCACAAUAACACUUUUUUGUACUGGAAAUUAAUAGAAAAAGUUAUUUAUAUCGCGAUGAAAAUUUAGUUUUAUGUUUAAAUAUUUACUUAUUGAUUUACACCAGGACUCCCUGGCAGAAGAGAUAUUGUAUCUCAAUGG